AUGUAUACCCAAUACAAGCUAUUGGAUUUGGUGGAGGGGAAGGAGAAGAUGCCGGAGGCCGCGGAGCUGAAAGGAGCGUGGAUGAAGCGAUCGUUUGACGGGUACAUGCUCAUGGUGCAAGCGGUUGGCGAACGACAACUUGACCACAUCAAGGACCUCUUGGGUGAUCCAGAGUCUGGCCCCAAGGCUUGGAGGAAGCUUCUGGAUGUGCACUCACUGACACAUGCUACCGGCAUCGUGCUACUCGCGCGGCGGCCGCGCGACAUCAAGUUCGUUGAUGGAGAGCCGAUGCAACCGGUCGUGGAUUACAUUCGCGCGCGCAUCCUAGAGGAGGACUUGCGGCGGCGGAAUGUGGAGCGCUUGGAGGAGGGGGCUGGCUAUGGAGUUGGAGGUGGAAAAAGUGGCUUCAAGAAGAAGUGGAAGGGCAAGAGCAAGGACAACCCUAAAGAGGUUGGCGGCGGGGGUCAAGGGGAGGUGUGCUUCUACUGCAAGAAGCGCGGACAUCGUUGGCGGAAAUGCUACCAACAACCCAAGGAUUGGACCCCGCCUUCAUCAAGCAACCAGCGUGGUGGCACGAGGAGUGGGGGAGUCAUGGGAGCUAGUGGAGAGGAGAAGGAUGAGGAGAAAGGCGGCAAGUCUGAGGAGCGGAAGGCCGGGUUCUUCUUCUUCGUGAACGAAGGCGCAACCGACCUCACUAUGGCUGCCAAGAAAUCGGGCAAGAUGACAGCGGCGGCAUCUAUGGAGGAGAGUGUCACCGAGGAGGAGCAGCAAGGUGUGCAAGGAGAGGAGCUGAUUGGAGGAAGCGCGGUGGUGAAGGCGUAG